GAGGCAUUCGCUGCCCACCAUUCAUCCAAGAUAAAAUUUUGGAAAACAUAUGAAUUAGCUCCUUAUUCUGGUGACAUUGCCCUCAAACCAAGAGAGAAAGCAAAAGAGCUCUAAUCUCAAGAAACAUCCUAAUGGCACUUAGGAUAUGGGCUUCUUCAACUGCCAAUGCACUCAAAAUCUCUUGUGCUUCUAGACCUGAUCUUUCCCUUACUGCCUUUGCUCUCUCUAGAUGCUUCUCUACCGUAUUGGAUGAACUCAAGUACGCAUCUUCACAUGAAUGGGUGAAGCAUGAAGGCUCAGUGGCCACAAUUGGUAUCACUGAUCAUGCCCAGGAUCAUCUAGGAGAGGUGGUGUUUGUGGAUCUGCCAGAAACAGGUGGCAAAGUGUCAAAGGAUAGUGGCUUUGGAGCAGUUGAAAGUGUGAAAGCAACCAGUGAUGUUAUCUCUCCAAUCUCUGGAGAGAUUGUUGAGGUUAACUCAAAGCUCACCGAAACGCCUGGCCUGAUCAACACAAGCCCAUAUAAGGAUGGAUGGAUGAUCAAAAUAAAGCCAAGCAAUCCAUCUGAAUUAGAUUCCUUGUUGGGUCCCAAGGAGUACACAAAAUUUUGUGAGGAAGAAGAUGCUUCCCAUUAAAGCGUGCAUUAGCUUCUGCAGUUAAAUGGGACUAACUAUUCUUCAUAUGUUUAUGAUUUCAUUACCUUAUUAACAGUUUCUGUUAAGUGCUUGAAACAACUGCUUCUCUGCUAUUGCUACUGACUCCUCAAUGUGUCGACCUCUUCAUGUGAAGCGAUUUUCAUUUUCA